AUGUCUCAAAUUAGGCAUUGUAGAAUAUGCAAUAAUACUCAUAAAUUCAAAAUCAAAGGUCUUUUGUCUUACCCUAAACGCUUUGUAGAUAAAACUAUUCAAAAAUACUAUCAAAGAUUAAUGAAAAAAUUUGAAGAACAUUAAAUAUAAUAAGUUCCCUUUUCUGAACAUCACAUUUGCUACAUUUUGGAUAAUGACAUAUGUGAACAUUGUUGGUUAUUCAUGCAUCAGGGAUUCUAUUGUUAGAAGUGCUAAAUUUACAAUCAUAAUACAAAUAAAGAAUCUAAGAUUUGCUCUUUGUGCAAUGUGUAAUAUUGUAUAAAUUGUUCAAAUCAAUUGGAUAUAUUUUCACAAAAUAAACUAUGUGAACUUUGCCAGUCUCAUUAGAAUGAAUAAUUUGGUACACCAAGCUUUCUACUUUCCUUUUUAAUAUCAUUAAUAAUUCCUUGUUUUGCUUGUUCUUUUUUUUUAAAAAGAAUGCUCAAAACAAUAGAAAGAUUUAACUACUCCACUUUACAAAACACAUUAGCAAUUAGUGCUUUUAUUAUGGUAUUCCCAUUCAUUUAUAUACUUUCAAUCCUUGGCUUCUUGAUUUUAUUGAUUUUCAAAAUAUCUAUAUGGAUAUAUGAAUAAAUGCAUGACUCAAAAAUAGUUAAAUUGAUCUCUAAAUUUUUAUGUGUAUAUAAAACUAAAUGA